AGCAGCAGCAACCAGCAGCAGCAGCUGCAGACAUGCUACCUUUCGUCCACCCGCGUCUCCUCAAGCUUCACUUUCGUUCAUGACGCUGAGUGGUUGGGAUGAGUAGUUUUGCAAUGUUUCGUCUAUCCUCGCUAGCUUCCUGUAGCGCAAGCUGUGCUCCGACCUUCCACCCACAGAGCCCUAAGCCACGACUCCAAGGAGAGAGCGGAUGGAUUUGUUGGGGUUGCCGGGCUGUUGUUGGGGGGGUUUGGCUCUCUAUUGUUGGGCUCGGCUUUGAGUUAUGCGAUCCCAAAGCGGUGUGAUUGGAUUGGUUUUGACUGUGGGUAGGUGGGCAGGUGGGAAUUCAUCAGGCGCCAGGCUCAGACCCUUGACCUUUGGAACAUGUGCCAAAAAAACAUGCAGAAACCCAUCCGUCGCAUGCAUCCAGUCCACAUCUCACUGUUCAGUUACGUCACGUGCGACCAGACCUGAUGUGACAAACACACCGAUUCUGUCAGAGAGAUGGCCCAAAAGGUUUGAUGUCACCCACUUGCCUAUGGACAUGAGGAACUUAGGAGACAUGUACUCACACCUGAGAGAUUUGUUUGGAUGCUAAUUCGUGUUUUGUUUUUUGUUUCAAUGAAGCCCUGGCGUGCCGGGUUUCUUCACCUGAAGUCCUUUAGUUCACCCGCCUUGCCAACUGGGGUGUGUGAUUGUGGGUUGCCUCACCCAAGUUGGGAAUUCUGGCUCGAAAGCCGCAAUGUUGCGGUCAGGUGUGCCAGUAGUUAUUACAUUUACGUUUUUGUUUGGAUGGCAGUUGAGGUGUUUGCUGCUGAGUGCUUCGCAGUUCCAACACGUUUUGGAUGAUACGGGGCAGACCAGCAAGGCAUAUGCAGGUCACGCUGGCCACGAACUCUCUUUGCUGUCUGGCAAGCGCCGCGGAAUGAUCCUGAACGAACUUUGCAAGAAGGUGCUGGCGCGGCUCAAUCCUAACAGCAAGAUUGAAGAGCCUACCCCAGGAACUUGUUGUAACGGGGCUCGCAGGUCAAACUACCACUCUGAGUAUGACUUCACCAGGGAUGGCCGAAAAAUUGAAUGCAAGAGUGCACAGAUGUCUUGGGUGAGAGCAAGGAAGCAUUGGCAUGUCCACUUUCAGCGCGUCAAGCUGCCAUGGCCAGGUUUUCGUGACCAGGCGCCAUUUGAUGAUUUGUAUCUAACACUGUUCAGCCCAGAUAGCUUGCACAUUAUUCAGCAUGACCUUCAGACCGGAGUGUGUUCAGUUGGCCGCCGAACAGGGAGCAGUGGUCAUUCGAUUUUUGUCGCCAGUGCUGACCGGCAAGAAUGUUGGCAAACGGCACGGUCUCAAAUUCUCGACAAGUUCUUGGCUGCGGAUCGCUGCAAACUUGUGGCUUGCAUCGACUUAUCAGAUGUUGAAGUCCGCAGCUGGCUGGUAGAGGAAAUGGACAGAGUGAAAUCGUGCCAUGACGACGCAUACCACCGGGUGCCACUGAACCAUAUGACGCCACGAUUACGUGGUUUGCGUAUUGAGGAAAUAGCGUUCGAAGUGGAUCAAAUUCUCCAUCAAAAUAGUUCUUUUUCGAGAGACUGUUCUACUGCAGACUGGGUCCGUGGAGGAGUGGCAGUGGAGGUCAAGCACGGGCAGAUGCGUUUCAACAAUGUCCGAAGGUGUUGGGAAUGCAUGUUCUCGAACAUCAAGUGUGCAAGCAAGCAUAUUCGUGACCAGGACCUGUUUGACGAGCUGUGGCUUGCAAUCUACAGCCCCUUUGGCAUUCAUUUUCUCAAGCAUCCUGGUGGCAAAGUCCGCUUCAUCGCUGCAGGUUUGAAAGAGCAAGAUGAUGGAAGGAAAAUAGUAGUGAGGGGAAUCAAAGAUGUGCUUGGUGUCAGGGAGGCCCUGGACGACAUGCUCAAAAACAUGGAGGAAUGGGGCUGCCAUCUUGUUGCAACAGUUUACUGGGACAACGGCCAGUGACUCACGCUGGGGUGCGGGUUUGCGCCGGCUCUGGCAGCAGAAAAAAAGCCGCGCUUGGGUUGCACUGCUUGAAGCCUGGGAAGCAGCGCCGCAGAAACUGCUGAAGCAAAUGCGUGCCAAGUUUGCCGAGCAACCUGCAAGCCAAGCCGAGCGUUUGCACGCCCGGCGACAAGAUGCAAGAGCAAAAGUCACCAACUUUCUCUGACAUUUCUUCCUAGUUUUGUUUCACCUGGUGGGGCUGUCCGUGUCCCACUCAGGGCACUGUACCAGUACCACUUCAACUUCUUAUUUUGGCGUAGAUAUUUCCAGACUCAUCAGCAUCUACCAUUUGCCGUGCAAAUGUACUGACUUUACCUGACUUGCUUUGACUUACCACUUAACCGGUUGGCUUGCAAUGAGACUUGC